AUUUUUUUUUGAAAAAUUGAUUAAAUUAACAAAAAAUGAUUGAAUUGUGUGAAGCAACCGAAGAUAAUCCAUUCAUACAUGGAAUGUCCAAACAAUUUGUUGCAGCAUUACAACAAUUGUUCGAUGUAAUGGAUACUGAACAAUUGGGUACAAUUUGUUUUGCCGAUCUUGCCAAUCAAUGGGAAGAGGAUGAUGGUGAUCCAUUUUUCCCUAAAGGUUUGAUUGCUUGUUUAGCUAAAGUUAAACUACCCAAUGGUCUGCUAACAUUUGAUCGAUUCUGUGCCGGUAUUAAACUUUGUUUGCUCAAAAAUCAAGUUGAUAUUAAUGAUGUUCGAAUGAUGACAAUAAAUGAUGAAUGUCGUUCGAUGGCUACAUCCGAUUCAUCCAUCACUAUUCCCAAUGGUGUUGAUUGUAAUAGUAGUCGUUCACAAUUAUUACAACCACCACCUGCUCCAGCAUUAUCCACUUCCGUUGAUCGACCAUCCUCAGAACCACAAAUAUUUGCUCCACCACCUCCAUCUUCAUUAUCAUCACCAACACCAACGUCAAGUAGUAAUAAAACGGUGGAAGUGAAUAAUAACAAUAUCAGUUAUAGUAAUAAUCUUAAAUUGACAAACAAUGCCACAUGCACUCAACAAAUGAAUUCACAUCAUUCACAGCCAGUGAUGACAACGGAAAUUCCAACUGCUAAAAAGUUACCCCUUCCAUCAUAUGAACAAGUUAUGGCUGCCAAAAGUAAACCUAAAGUUCCACCGCCGCCCAUUCUAAUUGUGAAUCAUCAUACAAAUUCUGACCAAUCACCCACAGCAACUACAUCUACCACGACGACAAAUUCCGAAUUAAUUAAUGUAGAAUCACAACAACAAACAACAAAACCACCGCCGAAACCGGCCAAACAAUUUCCUCAUCUUUCUCAACAUCAAUUAGAAGAGAUUAAACGUGUGGUCAAUCAUCAAUAUUUGGAAAGUCAAUAUGGCCAAACAGGACGAAAUCGUCCAUCGAUUAAUGAUGAUAAUCAACAACAGCAAACACAACCAUUACAACAUCAGCAAGCAUGUCGUGCCAAAAGUAUGCCACAUUUGAUAGAUGUGUCGCACAAUUCUCAGUCCUCGUCACUAUCGUUUGUUACUGCGGAUCAACCUAAUUAUCAUCAUCAACUGCCUAUGAAUUAUCAAAAACACAUCUAUCAUAAUCAUAGUCAUACCUACCAACAGCAUCAUGCAACUAAUGAGAAUCCAAAGCAACAACAUAAUCAUCAUAAUAGUUCAGCAAAUUCUUUAAUAAACGAUAACAAUGAACAAACACCGAUAAUCAAAACAGUGAUUACUGAUGGAAACUCAGCACCAAAAACUGUUCCUCGAAAUUGCAUAAUGAAAACAUUACAAAAUUGGAGAGAUAAUAUCCUAAGUAAACACCCGUUACCAUCAUUCAAUGAUUUAAUUCUACAAACAAAAAAUACCGGUGCUGAUUUUCAUUGGCCACGUUCAUUGGUCAUAAAAUCAGCUCAAACAUCAACAUCAAAUAUAAAUCGUGAAAAUAAUAAUAUGAACCAGUUACAAGCCUCGCCUAACAAUGAUGAUGAAAAACUAAAUGAUCAAGGAUUCGUUGCUCCCGUUAUAUCAAUCACCAAUGACCACAAUUAUAUCGAUAAUGAUCAAUCAAUGGCCAUGAUGAGUGGUUUUCAUAACUCAUCAUUACAUCGACGAUCAUCGAUUCGUCAACAGAGGCUACCACGAGAACCACGCCGACAUACCGUGGGUGCGAAUGGGAUCGACCUUUAUGCUGUAAAAAAAUUUCAACAACUUGAACAGGAAAAAGACAUAUUGAUACGUGGAUUGGAAGAAAUCGAACAUACAAAAAAAUGGUAUUUGAGACAAAUAUCAUCCAUACAGGAUCGAAUCAAUAUUGUUGGCCGUUCAGGUGGUUCAUCACUGAUUGCAUCUGAUUAUAAUAAUAUCGAUGCUUAUCAGGAACGAAUAAAUUUCCAAGCAGUUCGUAUACAAACAUUGAAUCAACAUUUAACAGCAUUACGUGAUGCUGGACAAAAUUUUCCCAUUCAUAUGAAUCUUGCCAUAAGACCAUUGAAUGGCCUACCAUCAUUAUUAACAUCUCAAGCUGAAACACAAUUAUCACCUCAAUUAAUAGCAAACGGACGUAUGGAUCCAAAUCAGCCAAGACAACUGGUUGUCAAUCCAAAUUUGGUCAACAAAUUGAAAGAACAAAAUCGUUUAUUGACCGAUGAAGUGACAAGAAAAAGUGAACGUAUCACACAAUUGGAAAGGGAAAAAUCUUCGCUCAUACGUGAAUUGUUUCAAGCUCGUACCUAUUCAAGUUAUUAUAAUGGACAUUUUGAUGAUACAUUCAUGUGAUGAUGUCAUUAUUGACAUUCGUUAAACAAAAAAAAAAAAAAUUGCCAUGCCAUAUAACCUGUUGAUGCCUUCUCGUUGGAUGUUCUAGUUUUUGUUUCUUUUUUUUUGCAGAAAAUGAC